UUGCGUUCUCGGAGAGCACUGCGCUGGGAAACCGUUUCUCCCUUUGGGAGACAAUCUCACUCAAAAACACCUCCCCGCCCCCGCGCCCCCGAGGAAGCGAUGCCCCAUAAACGCUCGCCCCGAGCCUCCUUAGGCGCCUACCUCGUCCCUGUUGGCAAGCGCAUCCCCGGUGUCCGGCCAGUCGCCCGAGGGACGCGUCGUGUCCCCUCUCAUUUCGCUACCGCUCGACCUUCGGAGAUGCACGGAUCUCUGUAGACUCUCCACCUCUCACCUCCCGACUCCCAGCCUCUUUGUUUCACAUUGUAACCUGUCCUUCUCGCCCAGGGAUGAUGGGGAAGCCCUCUCUUAUCCAGGGACCCCAGUCCAUAUUUCCUGCCUAGGGAACACCUUGAGUUUCUUCUGUCCUUCCUCAAGAAUUUAUUUCUUGAAGUCUCCUCCUCCCUACGCUUUCCCCUGCUUUCAAAGGAAAGACUGAAAGUAUAGAGCACGGACCUUCCCUUCCCCUCUCUGCUUCCUUCAUUUUUUCCCUCCGUAGUUUGCAACCGCCCCAAACCCGCUCUCCCUAUUUUACCCUCUUUCCCUUUCUUAAGGUGCAGUGUUGGAACUCUCAUGCCCAAUCUACAAGGGACUUUCUCUGAUUUCACUAAGGGGUGGCUUGGAAGAUGAACAUCUGGUUGGGAUGGUAAUGCUAAAAAUACCAUGGGACAUACCUGCCGUUUGUUAAGAAGAAAGCUAAUGUCGAGUUCUGAAAAGGUAUUCAGAAAAGUAAUGGAUCUGUACUGACGAUAGAGGAAACAGUUUUUUAAGAGCUCUUCGAAUGAAGACUGCCUGAGGGGCUAGCGUAGGUAGUGGAAUUAGGUUUGUGUCCUACCUCUCCAAAUGUAAUUGGCAGAAGGAGCCAUACUGAGCAUGAAAUAAAGUUGAACAGAAACUGGAUGGCUUCUACAGGGAGCCAGGCCUCCGAUAUAAACAAGAUUUUUGGAUUCUUCAGUGAUGGCGCACCCCCCACCAAAAAGCCCAGGAAGCUGCUUCCAAGCUUAAAAGCUAAGAAGCCUCGGGAGCUUGUGCUGGUGAUUGGAACAGGCAUUAGCGCUGCGGUUGCACCUCAGGUUCCAGCCCUGAAGUCUUGGAAGGGGUUAAUUCAGGCCUUACUGGAUGCUGCCAUUGAUUUUGAUCUUCUGGAAGACGAGGAGAGCAAAAAAUUUCAGAAAUGUCUCCAUGAAGACAAGAACCUUAUCCAUGUUGCCCACGACCUUAUCCAGAAACUCUCUCCUCGUACUAGUAAUGUUCGAUCCACGUUUUUCAAGGACUGUUUAUAUGAAGUAUUUGAUGACUUGGAGUCCAAGAUGGAAGAUUCUGGAAAACAGCUACUUCAGUCAGUUCUCCACCUGAUGGAAAAUGGAGCCCUGGUAUUAACUACAAAUUUUGACAAUCUCCUAGAACUGUAUGCAGCAGAUCAGGGAAAACAGCUUGAAUCUCUUGACCUUACUGAUGAGAAAAAGGUCCUAGAGUGGGCUCAGGAGAAGCGGAAGCUGAGUGUGUUACACAUCCAUGGGGUCUACACCAACCCUAGUGGCAUUGUCCUUCAUCCAGCUGGGUAUCAGAAUGUGCUCAGGAACACUGAAGUUAUGAGAGAGAUUCAGAAACUCUAUGAAAACAAGUCAUUUCUUUUCCUGGGUUGUGGCUGGACUGUGGAUGACACCACUUUCCAAGCCCUUUUUCUGGAGGCUGUCAAGCAUAAAUCUGACUUAGAACAUUUCAUGCUGGUUCGGAGAGGGGAUGUAGAUGAGUUCAAGAAGCUUCGAGAAAACAUGCUGGACAAAGGGAUUAAGGUUAUCUCCUAUGGAAAUGAAUAUGCUGAUCUUCCAGAAUAUUUCAAGCGACUGACGUGUGAGAUCUCCACAAGGGGGAGAUCAGCAGGGAUGGUGAGAGAAGGUCAGCUAAAUGGCUCAUCUGCAGCACACAGUGAAAUAAGAGACUGUAGUACCUGAGAGCACUCGAGAAAUCUCCACCAUUAGACCAAGUUGUAAGGCCCUACUGUGGACAGUGUUUAAGAAGUAAACCUAUAAGAACCCAACACAGCUCCUAGGAAGUACCAAAACCAGAGGCGAAGGUUGGGGGUAGAGUGGGGGGGAACAUUCCAACUUAAUCCUUGAUGCUGGCUGGUUUGUGAUCUUCUGUGGCCUGUUCCGGCUCAAGAAUACCCAAGUGACAGUGGGACCCAAGUGUAGCCCCCUACCCCACCCCACCCCGAGGCUGGACAUGCCUGUGUCCACGCAGCAGAUCCAUGGGAUACCUCCACUGACUGCAGCUGCAGCUCUGCAUGAAGGACUUGGGAUCUACGUGCCAUGGAGUCACCCUGGCCCUUGUUGCAGUUUUGUACUCCAUACUUGGUUUUUCAAUUAAGCUUAAUGGCUUUUUUAAAACAUGACUUGAAGCUCUAGUUUUCUAGAUCUUUUACAGUGUACAGUAUUUUACAUAAUUGAGCUGUAUUAAAAGCUUGUUCAUUUACUUCCCAGG